AAUCUUUUGAUACUACAAUAUAUUUAAGUCAAGACUAUGGUUAAUUCUUUUCGUUUAUUGUUUGCGCGAAAAUUAUUGUACAUUUAUUUUACAUAGUCUUUUCCAUAUAAUUUAAAAAAUAACAGAAACAAAAUGCCAAAGAUACGUACGCAGAAAACGACUCGUAUUCACAAAGAAGUUGUAAAGCAGGGAAUUUUAUUUAAUACGAAUAUUGGACAACAUAUUUUAAAAAAUCCACGUAUAAUUGAAAGUAUGGUCGAAAAAGCGGCAGUUAGACCAACAGAUGUUGUAUUAGAAAUAGGUUCUGGUACUGGUAAUAUGACAGUGAAGUUAUUGGAUAAAGCUAAAAAAGUAAUAACAUGCGAGAUUGAUACUCGAAUGGUAGCUGAAUUACAAAAACGUGUACAAGGUACUCCUUAUCAGGCAAAACUGCAAAUUAUGAUAGGAGAUGUUUUGAAAUCAGAUUUGCCAUUUUUUGAUUUAUGUGUUGCUAAUAUACCGUAUCAAAUAUCAUCUCCUUUAAUCUUUAAAUUACUUUUACAUAGGCCAUUAUUUAGAUGUGCUGUACUUAUGUUUCAAAGAGAAUUUGCUGAACGUAUGGUGGCAAAACCAGGGGACAAAAUGUACUGUCGUCUAAGUGUAAACACUCAAUUGUUAGCACGAGUGGACUUGCUUAUGAAAGUGGGAAAAAAUAAUUUUAGACCACCACCAAAAGUAGAAUCAAAUGUAGUUAGAAUGGAACCACGUAAUCCACCACCUCCAAUAAAUUAUCAAGAAUGGGAUGGUUUGACAAGAAUUGCAUUUGUCAGAAAAAAUAAAACACUUUCAGCAGCAUUUAAACAAACUACAGUCUACACAAUGUUAGAAAAAAAUUAUAAACUUCAUUGUAGCUUAAAUAAUAAGGUAACCAUAAAUGCUGUUCCAGAAGGAUUUAAUAUUAAAGACAUGAUAAACAAUACUUUGCAAAAUGCAGGUGCUGAAAAUAAACGAGCAAGAACCAUGGAUGUAGAUGAUUUUAAGAUAUACAUUAUGUAUUAA